AAAAAACCCUUGAGCCGUUCCUAAACAACAGUUAGUGUGAAAUUUCUAGGACUCAGUACUUCUUCCAGCGACUGCCAAUGUCGUCAAAUGAGAAAAACCUAGAAUCCUCUUCCUCUUCCGAUUCGUCUUCCUCAUCUGAGUUUUGGAAGGAGCGCUUCUUCAUCCCCACUCUUCUUGCAGGGAUUGUUGGUGGAGGAACUGGAUUGGUAUCCAAAUAUCGAAAAGUCCAUGGACUCGCUAACAUUUCUGCUACUUACGCUGCUAAUUUUGCUAUUGUCACUGGUUGCUAUUGCGGAGCACGUGAAUUUGUACGACGAAAUCGAGGUACAGGUCCUGAUGAUCUAAUAAGUUCUGCAGUUGGUGGCUUUGGUAGUGGUGCUAUUCUAGGGUGCCUUCAAGGUGGUCGAGCAGGUGCUGUCCGAUACUCAGUCAUGUUUUCUGUUGCAGGAACAUCAGUGGAUUUUGCCAUUCUUAAACUAAAACCUGUUUGGAAGAACUUCAGUGAGUCCAUAUCACAGAAGAGUGAGGAUUGGCUGAAAUUGCCAGAGUGGUCCCCCAUCCAAGUCCUUGAUGAGGAAGCCCUUGCUGCAAAGAAAGCUCGGGAACAAAAACUUUAUGGGCAGAGGGCACUUGGAAGUCUAAAUAAAGAAGAAUCUUGAGGGUAUGCUCUGUUCCUCAUCAAUAGAAGGAAAUUCCUCACCAAUAGAAAGGAAAAGGAGGAGAAAAAUUAUGCUUCUCGUGUACUUUUUUUUGGGUGUUCUUUCAGUUGAAUGGCAUUGUUUUCAAAUAAGCUGAUUUUUAUGCGGUCAAUGGGGGUUGUGUUUUGGGUUUUUAUGUUUCGUUAUCUCUGUAAUUCUCUAUCCAGUUGAGACACUUGCAGCCCCCCCAAGUCCCAUAUUUUAUAUAAUCAAAGGUCCAUUGGAGACUCAGAAAAAAGAUCGUGAGGAAA